GGUACAUAAACUUCUGGCAAAAGCUCUGAUAAGCUUAGUACUAUCAAAAACUAAACUUAAGUACCAAAUCAGUUUGGUUAAGAAUAUCAGUGCAAUAAAAUGUUUUAUUAGUUAUAUUUAAAGGUCGCAUACAAGCAAUAUCACAUACUUAUAUUUAUAACUUAAGUAAUAUCUAUAAAUUUGUACGUUCAUACGGAAUAUGAUAUACCUACAGAGAAAGGUCACAACCCAGUGUAGUAGGAUUCACCCGUGAGAACCUAAAACUCCCACGGGAACGAAAAAACAGUAAAGAAUGAUUAAUUUCUAUCUGUGUGAUGUGCAAAAUCAUGUGUAUAUUGAUACAAAAUAUACCUUUAAUUUUAAUUCCAUUAUUUGUUUCAUAUAGUGUUUUUUUUUUCAGAUAACGAGAUCUUUUUUAAUCAUUAUAGUAUGCUAUGCAUUUUUAAUUGAAACAUUAAUACCAAAAGUGCUGGCAAUAGAAAGAGCUGGUAUGGAUGAGUUUAUGACGCGGGAUCAAAGAACACGGAAGAGACAAAAUUAUAUGGAGGAUUUAUCGCCAGAUAAUGUUUUAUACGAAAGUAUCGAUGACAUUGGUCCUUCGUAUGAUAAAGCGUUCAUACCCGAUGAUACCACUGAAGAGCUGCCAUCAUUCAUUGUAGAUUAUGCUAAUUUGAUACGAAAUGAUAUAAUUUUAUUAGAUAAAUCUGUUGAAACAAGAACUCGAAAGAGAGGCAAUAUAAAAGUAGAAAAACAUGAUCAAGUAAUACCGGAAAGUCCAUGUAGCUGUGAACUUAAGAAUGAUACCAAGGAUUUGGGAGAAAACACUUAUCCACGAUACAUAGAAUAUAGAAUAUGUAGUGACCAUAUGUGUCGCGAUGAUUAUAUUUGUAUUCCAAAAGAAUAUCAUAUAACUAUUCUUAAAAGACGAACCUCUACCGAACAAAAUUCGAAAAUAGAUCUUCCAAGUGAUUUAAAGCACCAAUGGAUUGCUGAAAAAAGACCCGUCGUUAUUGGAUGCAUGUGUACAAGAGAUUACAUCAUAGAAAAGUAAUAUUCAUAAAUGCUGUUCUAACAUAAUAUUGUAGUACAUUUAUAAACCACGUCAAUAAGAAUAAACAAUUGGGAGAUACUAAAUAUUUUUAUUAU